GUGUUGAGGAUCAUUGGCAGCGUGUUUCUUGCACUGCAGUCAUGCACAUACAAUACUUUCCUCAUGCGGUUCAGCUGUCUCGCUCGUUCAUCGCCCGAGCAUGCUAGCCAAGAUGACUCGCGUCGAGCCUCCCCGCGUUGACGCCAUUUCCUCCGACAAAUCACCACCACCACCACACCCACCAUGACUCGUCCACAGCCUCAAUCGCCCUCGGCCUCUCUUCCCUACGACAAAACUCCUUCAUUAUGGGUUCCUCGGAACGCCCCCUGACGCGCGCGUCAAUUGAAGCCGCCCACGCGCUCAUCAAACCACACAUCCACAGCACCCCCGUCCUCACCAACACGACACUAUCGAACCUCGCAUCUACACCCCAAACACCCGAAGCACUUCAUGGCACGCCAUGGGAGGGACAGAAGCCUGCGACGCCAAAGGUGCGGCUGUUCUUCAAGUGCGAGAACUUCCAGCGCAUCGGCGCAUUCAAGGUGCGCGGCGCCUUCCACGCCGUCAUACGCUUGAUCGAAGAGCAGGGUAUUGAAGAGGUCAGACGGAGAGGGGUCGUGACACACAGCAGUGGAAACCACGCGCAAGCCCUCGCCCUCGCUGCGAAGACCUUCUCCAUCCCCGCGCACAUCGUCAUGCCCAAGAUCAGCACGCCCUCCAAGAUCGCUGGCACGCAAGCCCAGGGCGCUAUUGUGCACUUCUCAGGCUCGACGUCGCAAGAGCGCGAAGCCGUCGUCGCCGACGUGGUUGCGAAGACAGGCGCGACUCUCAUCCCGCCCUACGACCACCCUGAUAUCAUACUCGGCCAGGGCACCAUGGCGCUUGAGUUGCAGGAGGAGGCGGCGGAACUCAUGAACAAGAAACCAGAGUUGGGCAUACACGGCGAGAGCAGCAAGGGUCUCGACGCGCUGAUAGCACCGUGUGGCGGCGGUGGCAUGCUCAGCGGAAACGCCAUCGCAUGUCACGACACAGGCAUCAAGGUCUUUGGCGCAGAACCAUCAUUCGAAGGUGGUGACGAUGCGCGACGAGGCGUUGCAGCAGGGGAGCGCGUGACGACCGUCAAGACGUUGACUAUCGCAGAUGGCCUGCGCACACCACUGGGCGAGAUCACUUGGAAGAUCAUCUCGGACGCAACCUACGUCGCCAGCCUGUACGGUGUAACGGAGCAGAACAUCAAGGACGCGAUGAAGCUCGUGCUAGAACGAAUGAAGUGUUUUGUCGAACCCAGUGCCGUCGUAGGCCUGGCGACAAUCCUGUAUAACGAGGACUUUAGGAAGAUGGUGGAGCGGGAGGCGGGAGAAGAGGGGUGGAAUAUUGGAGUUGUCUUCAGCGGGGGGAACACGACUAUAGAGGCUAUCACGAAGAUCUUCGCUGAUGUUCCUGCGGCUAAGGCGGAGAGGGAGGAAGGUGCUGUGGGGAGUGAUGGGCGUAGAGUCGCUGAGAACGUCGCUGGUUAGAUAGUACUAUACCUGCUCUUGAAAUUCAUCAACGCGUUGUAUGGCGCUUCUCCGC